CUCCUCCUCCUCUCUCCCUCUUUCUCCUUUCUCACCCGCACUCACGCACACCUCCAAACCGCACACCCAGACGCACACGCACAGCCCACCGCCCGGCAGUUAUGUAUUCUCCGCUCUGUCUCACCCAGGAUGAAUUUCAUCCUUUCAUCGAAGCCCUUCUGCCCCAUGUCCGAGCCUUCGCCUACACAUGGUUCAACCUGCAGGCCCGAAAACGAAAAUACUUCAAAAAACAUGAAAAGCGUAUGUCAAAAGAAGAAGAGAGAGCCGUGAAGGAUGAGUUGCUAAGUGAAAAACCAGAGGUCAAGCAGAAGUGGGCAUCUCGACUUCUGGCCAAGUUACGGAAAGAUAUCCGACCUGAGUACCGAGAGGAUUUUGUGCUUACAGUUACAGGGAAAAAGCCUCCAUGCUGUGUCCUUUCCAACCCAGACCAGAAAGGCAAGAUGCGAAGAAUUGACUGCCUCCGCCAGGCAGAUAAAGUCUGGAGGUUGGACCUGGUUAUGGUGAUUUUAUUUAAAGGUAUUCCGCUCGAAAGUACUGACGGCGAGCGCCUUGUAAAGUCCCCGCAGUGCUCUAAUCCAGGGCUCUGUGUCCAGCCCCAUCACAUAGGGGUUUCUGUUAAGGAACUCGAUUUAUAUUUGGCAUACUUUGUGCAUGCAGCAGAGGAUUCAUUUCAUAGGGGUCUAUACAUCAGUCAAGAAAAUGACUACAGAGGAAUUACCAACACUCGUAAGAAAGAUUCAAGUCAAUCUGAAAGUCCCAGCCAGCCAAGUGAUGCUGACAUUAAGGACCAGCCAGAAAAUGGACAUUUGGGCUUCCAGGACAGUUUUGUCACAUCAGGUGUUUUUAGUGUGACUGAGCUAGUAAGAGUGUCACAGACACCAAUAGCUGCAGGAACUGGCCCCAAUUUUUCUCUCUCAGAUUUGGAAAGUUCUUCAUACUACAGCAUGAGUCCGGGAGCCAUGAGGAGGUCUUUACCCAGCACAUCCUCUACCAGCUCCACCAAGCGCCUCAAGUCUGUGGAGGAUGAAAUGGACAGUCCUGGUGAAGAGCCAUUUUACACAGGCCAAGGGCGCUCCCCAGGAAGCGGCAGCCAGUCCAGCGGAUGGCAUGAAGUGGAGCCAGGAAUGCCAUCUCCAACAACACUGAAGAAGUCGGAGAAGUCUGGUUUCAGCAGCCCCUCCCCUUCGCAGACCUCCUCCCUGGGAACAGCAUUCACACAGCACCACCGGCCUGUCAUUACAGGACCCAGAGAAUUCAAGAUGGUUCCCAGCAUCCUCGGUUCUCCUUUCUGGAAUAUCUGCUCAGCAAGUCCACAUGCAACACCAUCGACUCUUCAUUUUCCGACAUCACCCAUUAUCCAGCAGCCUGGGCCUUACUUCUCACACCCGGCCAUCCGCUAUCACCCUCAGGAGACGCUGAAAGAGUUUGUCCAACUUGUCUGCCCUGAUGCUGGUCAGCAGGCUGGACAGGUGGGGUUCCUCAAUCCCAAUGGGAGUAGCCAAGGCAAAGUGCACAACCCAUUCCUUCCCACCCCAAUGUUGCCACCACCGCCACCACCACCAAUGGCCAGGCCUGUGCCUCUGCCGGUGCCAGACACAAAGCCUCCAACCACGUCAACAGAAGGAGGUGCAGCCUCCCCCACCUCACCAAUCCUGGUACCUGGGAUAAAAGUCGAAGUGUCCCACCAUCCACCAGACAGACCACCUGACCCCUUCUCAACUCUGUAACAUGGACGCAUCCUCAACCCAGCGCGGUUACAACUUCACUGUCAGGGGAAGGGGAGAAUCAAAUCAACUUGUACAUGGAAACAGCGAGCAUUAUGGUCAAACAGCAAAGGCCAUAACCUUUUGGGAUUUUUUUUUAACUACUUUUGGGACUGUUGUAAUUUUCUCAUAUGGUGCUGGAAAUGGCUGGGCUUUGUAACAUAUGAAGUGUUUUCAUGGUGGCGUGAGCAUCAGGUGAUGUGGCUAGAGGAGGUCUACCCUUGCUCACUGACUUCCAUUGUAACACUUUCCUUACGGAGCCUGGCCGUUUCACAGUAUUCCAUGAAUUUACCCACACAGGUGUGAGCCUUCUGGAGCAAUCAGGAGGCACAUGGAAAACUAAAUCUUUUGUAGUAGCUGAGAUCUGCAAUAUAUAACUUACGGGACAGUCAAAGGGCAAUGUUUUUCUGUAACAUAUUGGAAAAAGAAAAUGCAGUUAUGUUCCUUUUUUCCUUUUUCUGUUAGCUUGGUUUGGUUCGGCAGUCAGCAGUUCAAUCUAUAACAUGGCCCUCAAGGACAGUGAACCCACUCACGUUGCAGAACAAUUCUGAAAACGGCAAACUACUACUACUAUUCAGUUUUGUAAAAGUUUUGAAAUGCUGCACUUACGUUAAAAAAACAACAACAUUUUUUCAACAAUUUCAACAAUGACACACAAAUUCACAUGGAAAUGGGGAAGAUGGUCUGUUUUGACAGAAACUGACAGGAAUCAAUCAAAACAAUCGAAUUUUGAAUUGAGUAAAGUGCAAUUUCAUUGGAUAGCUAAAUAUCUUUGUAAGAUAGAGAUUGUUGAAAAUUCUAUUUUUGUUUUUCAAGUCCUUCCACCCCAGGACUCUAAAUUAUUGGGGUAAAAAACAGCCUUGCAAGAAAAAGGGGAGCUAUUUUUGCUUUUUAUGUUUUUUAUUGUUAAACUUGUAUCCCUUUAAAAACUGAAGGAAAAUUAAAAAAAAAAACACAAAAAAACAAAUCUAAUGGUGCUUUUACCACAAUAUGUUAACUACAUUAAAUGCUAAUUAAUUAUUUUCUGUUAUCAAAGCACAUAAGUAAAAUGAAAUCAUGGUAUCUGUUAAUUUCAUAAGCUAGAAGUCACUAUAAUGGAUUAUGCCAAUUCUGAAAAUUUUUACAUGUAUCCGGCAACAUAGGAUUUAUCAGUUAUCAGACACUUCAUUGUACCAGAGAUUGUCCAGAAAUUUUAAAGACCUUUGCGCCCCUGAACUGGGCUAUGGGAAAAAUCAUAAUAAUAAUGAAACCAAUACUGACACAAAUGCUGGUGCCCUCUCAGAUCAAGGGUACUUGUUAGGGAAAAAAAAAGUUUGCACCCCCAAAUGUCCUGUAUCUUAUGUAAAAAAACACACAAAAAAAGACAAAAAAAAUAAUAACAAAAAAAAAGUGCAAGUGAUUUUUCUACCAGACAGUGAAGCACCCCUUUGCUUCCCAUGCAACUUCCAGAAGAUUUCCUAUACUAUACAUAUAUAUACGUUCUGGUUGGCUAGCCCUGCUGAUCAGAGAAAGUCUCUGCAUGUUCUAGUGUUAGUAACUAAUUUUUAUAUAGUUAAUGUAGGAUAAAGUAGAGUGCAUUAAGACACAAUAUUGUAAUCCCUACUCUAGGCACUUGCCUUUAAACUAUGUUUUCCAGCCCUUCAGAAGGGUUCUACUACUGUCCUAUACAAUCAAGUAACUGAAAUUCUUGGGAAGACACUUUGCUCCUCAUUUCCCCCCCCAAAACAAUGUUGUUUUGUUUUGUUUUGUUUUUUUCCUUAAUUUGCACGAAAACAAAAAUUCCAUAUCAAUGUGCCUUGCCCUGGAUAGCGAUUAUUUGUGGAAUUGUUGCACAUGCUCCUCUAUUGAAAGGGGGUUUUCCCUAGUCAAGCAUUUGGAGACACUUUUUGUAAAUGUGACUUUUAUGUCAGCCAUUGUCAGUUUCAACAUCUAGAACUAAAUAGAGAGUUAGUCGUUCCGCAGGUAGGAGUAGUCUUUAUUGUCCUCUGUGGUCAGUGGCAGUGCUAUUCUGAGAUCUGUAGAUGCUUAGAAUAUCAGUAUUUUGGAUGUUGCUGCAUUUUACAAUUUAUUUGGAGUCUUCCUUUAUUUCCCCCAGCCCCAGAUAUAUGAAAAUAUGCAAUACCUGCUUAUAUCGUGUAGAAAAGCUUAGCGAUGAUUAAUUUUUCUUUUAUUUUUUUUAUUUGACCAAAGUCGGUGCUGCACUUGACGCAGUGUGUUUUGGGUGUUUGUCUUUGUACUUUUGUUGUGAUUUUUGAAUGCACGUGCGCAGGAAGGGCUCCUCUUAGAGAAGCAGUCAAACUGUGAAGCACUAAGCUGACCCUGCUUCAAGCAAUUUUGUUUUUACAACUGUUCCUUUCACAAGCAAGCCUUAAAAAAAAAAGACAACUUCCUUUUUCUUCAGCUCCCACACCCCAUUUUUCUUAGCAGACUGCAGUCAAUCCACAUUCAAUAAAAAGUAUAUAAUGCCCAUUUUUAUAUGCACGUUUUUAAACUUCCAAGUUCUGAAAAUUGUUUACUGGUUAUCUCUAUUUAAGGAAAAAAAAUAAAAUAAAACAUUUUGGAUUUUCAUAUGUGUCUGAUAAGUGGUUGAAUAGUCGUUUGGCGCUGUUGUAUGGUGUGGUUGUCAGUAUAUGGUGUCACUUCCUAUAGCCAGCCAGCAUACUUUGCCUUCCCCCUAUAGCACUUAGCUGGGCAUUACUUUAUUAUGACAUAUGUGCACUAAAAAAAAAGAAAAAAGGAAAAAAAAAAAAGAAAAAAUAGCAGCUUUCAGUGCUUCACAGUGAAGGGAAAAA